CUGAUGACACGGGGCCAGUUUGUCCCCAACUCCUUGGAAACAAGCAACAAAAAACCGGCCCCCUGUUCCCCACUUUUACAAGAGGCAGAACACACUGUGUGUGUCUAGCAAAUGCCAAGUCUUCUGUGUAGCAGUCACUUCAGGAGCAGCCAUGUUUGUCAGCGUCCUGUUUGGAGGUUCGUCUUGAGUCGGGAAGGAGUGGCUCAGUUUCAAACCGCUGGUGUCUUGCUCUUCUCAGACGACAGAGUGGAGAUGUUCAACCUGGACUGCAGACUGAUGCACUUUGUCAGGCAUGUGAAGGAGAGAUGUGGAGUGGAGCCCAGCGAGAGGGUGGAGCUGAUGGACCGCAGGGGGGCGCUGAUGAACCUGGAGGAGAGGCAGAAUAGUCCGGAAGUGACCAGCAGCCUUCUGGCUGAGACUCAGCUCUACGUCCUGCUGCGAGUCUGCAGAGAUGAAACCACAGGAGGGCCCAAAUAUGAGUCUCUGCUGAAGUCCAGCCAAGCACACCCGGAGCUGCUCGAGCUUCUGAGGAAACUGUCACACAGCAGGCAGCGAGACAGGAAGUCCACGUCUGUGAGGAGGAGAAUCAGGAGGCCGCACGUCACUGGAAAUAAACCACAGAGCAGCAAGAAGAAUAUGAAAUGAUUCAGCGGUUAAGAGCAUGAGAAUCAUAACAUAGUCACGGUCACGUGACCGGACAACAGUAACAUACAGGUUUUUUUUUCUUUUUUUAUCUGUGGAAUGCUGUUUUUUUUUCCUUCUUAAAAUCAAAACUCAACUUUCAUUCACAGUGAGAACACUGUAAAAAAUACCAGCUAAAACGCUUUACUUCAUUUAAAUGAAAGUAAAAUAUUUUUUUUAAGUGCUCACUGUUUAUCAGUGCCACUUACUGACAGGAUACAAAGGUACUGUCACACGUGAGUCGAAAUUCAAGCGAAUA